UUUUCUUUUUAUUUAACUGUAUAUAGAACCUUCAACAAUGAUGUCCCUCAAAAUCGUGUUGCCACUUGACCUGAUCUUUCUACUGGUGAGCUCAGCUCUGGGGACUGAAUGGAGUGUGAAAUACAGCCAAAGAAAUCUCUGUGCUUUAAAAGGAUCUACAGUGUUUAUGAACGGCACUUACACACACCCAACACGUCUUACAGUGAAAGACAGGUUUUGGUUCAUAAACACAGUUAAGGGUAAAGAGCCGACUGAUCUGUGUAAUGAACCAGGUUACUCAGGUAGAGUGCAGUAUUUAACAGAUGGACAGAAUCACUUCUCCCUCAGACUGAGUGAUGUGAAGAAAACAGAUGAACAGAUGUACUACUUCAGAAUCACAACAAACACAGCCAAAUACACUGGUGAUCCUGGAGUUACACUCACUGUUACAGAUCUUGAUGUUCAGAUCGCUCCUGCAGAAGUGACAGAGGGACAAUCAGCCGUUCUGACCUGUAAAACCACCUGCAGUCUGACUGAUCCAACAUUCAUCUGGUACAAAAACAGCCAUCAUUUAACCACAAAGACCAGCAAGAGAAAUGAAGUCCGUCUGCAGUCAGUCAGCAGUGAGGAUGCAGGCAGUUAUAGCUGUGCUGUAAGAGGAUAUGAACAUCACUCUCCUGCUCAAACCCUCAGAGUCAGAUAUCGUCCAAAGAGAGUCUCAGUGUCCAUCAGUCCCUCUGGUGAGAUUGUGGAGGGCAGUUUAGUGACUCUGACCUGCAGCAGUGAUGCUAACCCACCUGUGAAGACCUACACCUGGUAUAAGCAGGCGACAUCAGUAGGAACAGAAAAGACCUACACCAUCUCCAAGAUCAGCUCCAUGGACACUGGAGAGUAUAAGUGCAAGUGCAGUAAUGAAGUCGGACAUCAGGAGUCCAGCAGUGUGUCUCUAAAUGUUCUGUAUCCUCCAAAGAGUGUCUCAGUGUCCAUCAGUCCCUCUGGUGAGAUAGUGGAGGGCAGUUCAGUGACUCUGACCUGCAGCAGUGAUGCUAACCCACCUGCACAGAACUACACCUGGUAUAUGGAGAAAGAAUCAUCACCUGUAGGAUCUGGACAGAGUUACAGAGCUGGACAGAGUGGACAGUACUACUGUGAGGCUCAGAAUGAACACGGCUCUGACAGAUCAGCUGCAGUGUCCAUCACUUUUAAUGAUGUUUCUGUGAUGGUGUAUGUUACUGUUGGACUCGGACUUUUUGGGCUUGCAGCUCUUCUCUCUGCACUCUUCUGGCUGAGAAGCAGGAGACAGAAGAAGAAGGCAGAUGAAGAUGAAGGUGACAAUCAGCCCUCCUCUCUGCAGAAACCUGAGCCGAGCGCUCAAGACGACACGUAUGCAAACGUCGAGUUACUACAAACACAUGCUGUAAGUGUUUACUGA